CCCGCCUCCGUCAAACGCAAACACAUCUUCAAGUAGACGCACGUGUUAUGCCGCUCUCGCAGCCUUGACUGUGGACUAAUUCGAGGACAGAGCAGAAAAUAGAGACAGGAAGCUAAUGCGAAUAUAUCCAGGAAAGUCGGCUGUUAUUUCAGCUCUUUUUUGCCCAGCCAGACUCGUCCAACAGUUACUUCCUAAACUUCUCCAUCAGGUAGCACGAUUCUUCCGCUUUCUCUCAGCACUUGUUCAGUGAUAUGGAGAUGAACUAUGAUCCAGAGGUGCAGUUAAAAUUGUCUUGUCCGGAAUCAGGAAAAGUUAAUAUAAAGGGAAAAACUCAAGAGAGAGGCCAGUGGUCAAAUAAAGUUGAAUUUCUCCUGGCUGUUGCUGGGCAAAUCAUCGGUCUAGGAAAUGUGUGGAGGUUCCCAUACUUGUGCUACAAGAAUGGAGGAGGAGUGUUUUUCAUUCCAUAUUUGGUCUUCCUAUUUGCCUGUGGCAUUCCACUGUUUCUCAUGGAAAUAUCAUUGGGUCAGUACACCAGUCAGGGUAGCAUCACCUGCUGGAGGAAAAUUUGCCCCUUGUUUGAAGGAUUGGGAUAUGGAACUCAGGUGGUCGUGUUGUACUCCAGCAUUUACUACAUCGUCAUUUUGGCCUGGGCAUUCUUCUAUCUUUUUUCUUCCUUUAGCGCUGAGGUGCCAUGGGCUACCUGCAGCAAUACAUGGAAUACCGAAACAUGCACUGAAUUUGAAAAAAUGCAUAACUCUACUAUACCAGAGAAUGCAACUUCACCUGUCAAAGAAUUCUGGGAGAGGAGAGUGCUAAAUCUCACAGGUAGUAUACAGGAGCUGGGCAAUGUGAGGUGGGAGCUGGCUCUGUGUCUCCUCUUGGCUUGGAUCAUCUGCUACUUCUGUGUGUGGAAGGGAGUGAAGUCUACAGGCAAGGUGGUCUAUUUCACUGCUACCUUUCCUUAUGUAAUAUUGGCAGUGCUUUUGGUGCGUGGACUUACGCUGCCUGGAGCUGUCGAUGGCAUCAUUUUUUACCUCUAUCCAGAUCCUACACGCCUCACAGACCCACAGGUGUGGAUGGAUGCUGGAACGCAGAUUUUUUACUCCUACGCUCUCUGCAUUGGGUGCCUCACUGCUCUGGGAAGCUACAACAAGUACAAUAAUAACUGCUACAAGGACUGUAUUUAUCUGUGCCUGUUGAACAGUGGGACCAGUUUUGUGGCAGGCUUUGCCAUCUUCUCUGUGCUGGGCUUCAUGGCCUAUGAGCAGGAGACAGACAUCUCAAAAGUGGCAGAGUCAGGUCCAGGGUUGGCCUUCAUUGCAUACCCCAGGGCAGUUGCGAUGAUGCCUCUUCCACAACUAUGGGCUAUUUGUUUCUUCCUUAUGAUUAUUCUACUUGGACUGGACAGUGAGUUUGUCUGUUUGGAGGCACUGAUGACUGCUGUAACCGACAUGUACCCCUCAUUCUUCCUCUUUGGUCAUCGCCGCAAAGGAUUCCUGCUCAUCAUUUGUUUUGGGUGUUUCUUGAUUGGCCUGGUUAUGGUAACAGAGGGUGGCUUGUAUAUUUUCCAGUUGUUUGAUUACUAUUGCUGCAGUGGGAUGACACUUCUGUUAUUUGCCAUUCUGCAGUCAGUAUGUAUAGGGUGGGUGUAUGGUGCUGAUCGUCUUUAUGAUAACAUUGAGGACAUGAUUGGCUAUAAGCCACUGUUCUUAAUAAAGUAUGGCUGGAAGUACCUCACCCCUCUAUUCUGCGCCGGUACAUUUGUCUUCUCUCUGAUCAAAUUCACUCCUCUGAAGUUUAAUAAUGUUAUUGAAUACCCCUGGUGGGGCUAUGCUAUUGGUUGGUGGUUCACACUCUCUUCAACUUUGUUGGUUCCUCUUUGGAUGAUCUAUGUGCUGCUCACUUCUAGUGGCUCGCUGAGACAGAGACUACGUGCUCUCUGCACCCCAGCAAGUGACCUUAGGUAAACACUAUGCAACUGGAAGCUAUGGAGGAUUUCUUGCUUUAUUGCAAUGUCAAGAACAUCCCUGAAGCACAAAGGGCAAUAGUUAAGUCAACCAUGCAUAUGUCAAAAAUGCACUUUUAUAUUGGCCUUUGGCCUUUCCUCAACUAGAAAUGCUGUGAAGUUGGUGUAGAUAUGCACACUUUAAUAAUUGUAACUGUCAGUCUGUAAAAAAGAAACAUGAAUUGUAGACAUCACUAUUUGUAACUGUGUAGAGUACGUUUUGCAAAUAAAAUCAAUAAGGGGUUAGUAGGCGUGAGUGCACACGUCAUAAGAAGAAUGUAUCAGAAGGCGAAGAACACCAUUAUAAGCACAUAGUAUGUGGUUUACAUGCUCAAAUAAUCGUAUUGAAGAAGAUUAUUUGGCUUCAGUCAUUAUAAAAUUAAUGACCAUUUUUACUGUAAUCAUUCCUUUGGCAAAACAAAGCAAUAUCGUUUAUUACAUAUACAUUUGAAAGUGAAAUCAUGCAGUACAUGAAAACCAGUUAAAAGAUUGUACACUUUAAACUGUGGACCUGUAUUUUUGUGUGUGGCAAGUAUAUUGCCAUGGCAUCUAUUCUUGAUAGCAAUGUUUUGCUAUUUGUCUCCUAUUACUGAUUCAAAAAACAGUUUCUCAAAAAUUAUGUUUAAUAAAUUGUUCUGCAUUUUGCUGACUAGGGCUGCAUUUGUUGAAAACAAUUAAUCUUAAUAUCAAGCAGUGUAGCAAAGAAUGUGUGUUGUUGAGCAUAUGAAUGUGUAUGCAUGAUGCCCUUGUUAAAAAACUUCUUAGCAUUAUGAUCUUUCACUAUAGAUUUUUGUUUUUCUUUACAAUAUGUGAUUUUUACAAAUAUAAAUAGCCUUUAUAUUAACAGAUCACAAUUUAUCAUUGCAAAAGGUACUCUACAUAUCUGUACAUUUUCAUUUACAUUUACAUUUACAAAUCUGAAGUUCCUAUAACAAACCUUUGCUCUGUAAGAGUUAAGAGCUCUUUAAUCACCUACUCAGUGACAGGAAAGUAAAUAGCAAUAUUAAUGAGAUUCAAAGUGCCUUUUGUAUCCUAACUUGGUUCUACUUGAUUUCCACACUCCACUUUGUUCAAAGAAUCUGUAUAACCAGUUGCAAAAAAAAAAAAAAGGGCAGAACAUCUGAAGUGAUAAAUCAACAAUUCCAGACAGAUAAUGCAGUGAUUUCACAAAAGAAUUCCAGCCAUAUUUGGUAUUCAUGGUGCUUACUAAUCUUUAUGGAGAAUUGUUUUCUCACAUAAAGAUUCAAAUUCAGAAGUUGUUUUACCUCAUUUUUAUAUAGUUUCUUGUUCCUCUGUUUUGGGUCAUAAUUUGAAAAAUGUUGAUUGUCUACAAAUUUAGAGAACAGCAUAGCUAUUCAUUUUAUGAACAGAGUGUGAUCAAUUUUAUUAUUGAAUAACUAUAUAAUACACUGUAUUGAUAUGCAACUUUUAAAUAUUACUUGAUCAGAACUCGUGAAGCAUCAGUACAAUUUGGCAUCAUGCAAAGUAAGCUUUAAAGGUCCCAUAUUGUGAAAGAUGUAAUCAGACUACUUUUGAACAUGCAGAAGCUGGAUAUGAUUUAGAAACACUGAGGAUUUGAAAAUGGCCCCCACUUCAAACAAUACAAUGCAGAUGAUGAAACUUCUGAUCCUAAUUUCACAAAAUAACACCAAAUCAUUUUGGAACUAUAGUUUACCCUACACAAAGUAGUAAGCAUUGAAAUCAGUGGCCCAUUGAGAAAAGCUCACACUGCGCCACCAGAUCCACGCUAAAUUGUGUGAACCGUAUGACACUUUUUUAAAAUAUUGUUUAUAAUGGCACAAGAACACAUUUUAGGCAGUAUUGUUUGGUGCUGGAGGCUGAGAAGUGUACUGUAAAUGUCUUUGUUGAUCUUAAAUUAUAGAAGUAGAAUAUAGAAUUGUGAGAAGUCUGGCUAGGUGUUGAUCGUUUUUGUUGUUGAUUGCACAUUGGAAAUUUCACUGUCCUGGUUCACAUCCUUGCAGCUCUUCUAAAAGCACAUGAGAAAUGUGUGAUUCAUCACCAUGCAUUCUAACUGGAAAGAUGAUUAUUUUAUUUUUUUCUAUAUUAAAAUGUAUGUGUGGAAUUUUUUUAUAACUACAUGACUAUAUGUAUAUGAAAUAUUAAAUCUUAGAAAUGUUUUGAAAAAAUAGGUGGUGUUAAUAAAUAUUUGUUGUAAAUUGUGAUGUACAUGAUUGCUAACAUGUUAAAUGUCAGUCAUGUUUAGAUGUCCAUUUAGUAUUCAGAUUUUGUGUAAUGAUGGUUCUUAUGCUAUUUACUUUACUAUGCUGCAAUAUAUUAUAGUAUAGUUUUAAGGUAGCGGUGCAUUAAACUGUAGUAUGGUGUAUAUGGUAACACUGUUAUGUAAUUAAAGGUACUUUUAUUCUCCAACAGUCCAGAUUCAUUCAAAGCCACCAAUGUUUUACAGCAUUAUGGAAUACACCUUAUACAAUAUCAACUUGUAUUCUUAUCAUUAAAUCUUCACAUUAUACAAGUGCCUUGCUAUGUGUACAGUGAAUCUAAAAGUCUGAGAAAACUAAUGAAAAUGUUUCUAUUUUGCUUUCUUUUCUAAUUUAAUGCAACAAUUGUCAUUACAAAUUAUAUUAUUGACAACAACUUGAGUGAAAAAUACAAUCUUUGGAAUACUGA